CUUAUAUUUAAAAGCCAAGAUAUGUUUAAAGUUCAUUUUAGUAUAGUGUAAGCUGCUGGACACAUCUAAGAUGUCGAGGAUUCUGAUAGGACUAGUCGCCUUAGUGGUCGUGUAUAUCGCGUGGUCAGCGUUCAGCAGCGAGUCACCUAAGCUGCCUCAGUUUGAUACAGAAGAAUGGUGGGGUCCAAACGAAUUGAAAGGAAAGCAGGAUACCAGUAUUAGACCCUUCCAAAUCAAGUUCACUGAUGAGAUGAUAAAGGAUCUUAGAAGUAGAUUGAAGAAUCAUCGACCACUUAUCCCACCUCUUGAAGGUAUAGCAUUUGAAUACGGAUUCAACUCCAAAGCUAUAGAACCCUGGUUAAAAUACUGGGCUGAGGAGUAUCCAUUCAAAGAACGGGAAGCUUUCUUAAACCAAUUCCCACAAUAUAAGACCAAUAUUCAAGGUUUGGAUAUCCACUUCAUCAGAGUUAAACCGCAGGUACCAGCUGGCGUGGAAAUAUUGCCUUUACUAAUAUUGCACGGCUGGCCAGGUUCCGUGAGAGAGUUUUAUGAAGUUAUACCACUACUGACUAAACAACAGCCAGGAUAUAACUUUGCUUUUGAGGUUAUUGCUCCUAGUCUACCUGGAUUCGGAUUUUCACAAGGUGCAGUACGCCCCGGCCUGGCGCCACCACAAGUGUCCGUGAUCUUCAGGAAUCUCAUGCACAGACUUGGCUUUAAGAAGUUCUACGUACAAGGUGGUGAUUGGGGAUCGAUUGUUUCUGCUGCUCUGGUAACAUUGUUCCCUGAAGAUGUACUCGGUCAGCAUACAAACAUGCCCGUGGUUCAAAGUAAACAAGCAACCUUGAAGACGAUACUUGGGGCUUAUAUUCCAUCUCUAGUAGUGGAGAGUCACUUAGCAGAGAGAAUGUAUCCUCUGUCUGAUUUCUUCGCUUUCUUAAUGGAAGAAUUCGGAUAUUACCACCUACAGGCCACCAAACCGGAUUCUGUUGGUACGGCAUUAACUGAUUCCCCGUCCGGUCUUCUCGCCUACAUUCUGGAGAAGUUCUCCGUAUGGACACGUCGUGAUCAUCGUCACAAGCCAGACGGUGGACUGGAGUUCCGUUUUUCAAAGGCUCAGUUGAUCGACAACCUGAUGAUGUACUGGGCUUCCAACUGUAUUACCACUUCUAUGAGAUUGUACUCUGAGGAGAUGAGCAGGAAGAAUCAACAGUUGGAAAUUGGAGAAUUCCCCAGCCCAGUACCAACGUGGGCACUACAAGCGAAGAACGAAGCAAUGUACCAACCACCAAGUAUCCUAAAACUGAAAUUCCCCAAUCUCGUGGGCACAUCAGUGAUGGACGACGGUGGACACUUCUUUGCCUUGGAACUGCCCCAAGUCUUCGUGAAGGAUGUCUUCAAAGCUGUUGAUGCGUUCAGAAAUUGGCAUAAGAAAACUGCGAAGACAGAAUUAUGAGAUGUAUAGAUGCUUUAAUUUAGUUAAUUAAUUUGUAAGGAAUAAAAACAUUUUAUAUUAAAAAAAAAUUAACUGAC